UAUCUCUCUAUCUUGACUGUUACGUUACUGUACCUCAAUUCUUGAGCCUCAUUCAACAGACCACACCACUCCUCCACCCCAAUACCGCAGCCAUGGAUAUUCGACUCCUCACAAACGCAGACUUGCCCCUCAUUCAGCAUGCAAACCUCGAGAACCUUCCCGAGAACUACUUCCUCAAGUACUACCUCUACCAUGCCCUCUCGUGGCCCCAGCUGAGCUACGUCGCCGUCGAUGUCUCAAGGCCCAAGAAGGACCCAUACGAGUACCCCAAGAUUGUCGGAUAUGUCCUUGCUAAGAUGGAGGAGGAGCCGUCAGACGGCAUUCCCCACGGCCACAUCACCAGUCUGAGCGUCAUGCGCACACACCGAAGACUCGGUAUUGCUGAGAAGCUGAUGCGCCAGAGUCAACUCGCCAUGGUCGAGACAUUCCAGGCCAAAUACGUCUCCCUGCACGUCCGUGUCUCCAACGCAGCAGCCCGCCAUCUUUACGAGAACACACUGGGUUUCACUAACGAGAAGACCGAGUCCAAAUACUACGCCGACGGCGAAGAUGCCUUUUGCAUGCGUCUAGACCUCGGUGACAUCAAGAAGCAAGUCGACGAAACCCUCGCUGCAGAGGAAGCGGACGCCGCGGAUGAGGGUGACGCCGUGGGCGAGGUUGGCCGUGAUCCCGAAGCUGGCAAGGACAAGGAGGACGGCGAAGGACGAAAGAUGAAGGUCGCCGUGGGGAGAGGAUUGGGAGUCGGAUCAUUGGUAGAAAAGGAUGAGUCAAAGAACUAAACAAGUAAAAAGGGGAAAAUGAAAAAGUCACGGGACAAUUUGUUCGAAUAGACGGAUAGAUAAAAGGGGUCUAAGUCCGGAUGAAACACAUUAGGGGCAUUUG